UCCUUACUUGUUAUGAACUAUAUUUAGGGAGCGACAUGCUCUGACAGAGAUGCUCUGUACAAAUUACCGAUGACUAAUAACCGGCUACGUAUAUUUCACAACUGCUGACCCGACGAAUUAUUGGAGCUUUUCGCUCCCAGUCAACCAGCUAAGAGAACCACCACCCAAAGACGAGUACCCACAUAUAUCGGCAAACGAAAACAGUCUUCUCUUGGCUGCGGCUGCGGCUGCAGUUGUCAUCAGUUCGUCGCGCUCACGCUUUUAUAUCACGUUUACUAUUAUAAAAACACAACGCGCUUGAAUAAAAGACAAAAGCUACGCAAAAAUGUCGACUGGUUGCAUGUCCGAUGAGCAAUUUCAACAAUUACUCGAAACAAUACGAGCGCUCGGCCCACAACACACCGAACAGCAGCAGCAACAAGAAAUUAACAAGGCGAAAAGCAGUUUUGGCAAUUGCAAUGUACGCUUCCAUGGGCAGCGUGAUAACGACGCCGUCGAAGAGUUCAUCAAUGCCAUCGAAACCUACAAGGACAUGGAGGGCAUCAGCGAUAAAGACGCCCUGAAAGGUCUGCCACUUCUCUUUCAAGGUAUUGCUUCCACAUGGUGGAAGGGCGUACGCCGCGAUGCGAAGUCGUGGCAAGAUGCUCUACAACUGCUGCGCGACCACUUUUCACCGACGAAACCACCCUAUCAAAUAUACGUUGAGAUUUUCGAGUCAAAACAGUCCGAUCACGUGCCGAUUGAUACCUUUGUUUGUCAGAAGCGCGCUCUGAUAGCGAAACUGCCGGAGGGGCGACACGAUGUGGAGACUGAGCUAGAUUUUGUUUAUGGCCUGUUGGGAUCAAAAUAUCAACAACAAAUACCGCGACAUGAAAUUAAAACGUAUAGAGAGCUCUUAGAGAAGGGACGCAAUGUGGAGCGACACAACACUAUAGGAAGACGCAACUAAUAGGGAAUGUUAUGGUCACAGCAGUAAAUUGUGAUCUUCAGUUGUUCUUCAUAGCGAAAGAGUACAUUGUGUUCUCACUAUAAUAAGGGAAAGUAAUAGAAUAUUAUUAAUUUGUAUAAUAAUA